AUAUGGUUACACUGUGCUUGCCUCAUUAAAAGCAACAUACUUGAGGUGUAAUUAGAAGCUGUAGAUGUCGUACACCUCCCAUGAGAUUAUUAUUAUCAUGUAUUUAUAUUUUAACAUAUCUCAUGUCAGUUUGUGAGGCAAUCUCGCGCUAUUUAGGAAGGGCUCUCCUCCCUGUGGGUGUCAAAGAGGUCUGAUGCUGUAGGCACUAGGCAGCUGCUGCUUCCUGUAUCAAAGCACCAGCAGCAACCUCUCUCCACCGCUACAGAGCUGCACACUCCGAGCUCGGAGGGAUUUCUUGUUCGCCGUCCAGCUGCGGGGAACUAGCCGAAUCUGUGUCCCGGUGUCUUUGCAGAUAAGUCCUGCUGUCUCGUGAAAGCCGUGAGCCGAGGCUGCACGUUACGGCUACGAGGCACACGGCACGAAUUUACCAGGAGCUAGUGCUAGCUAGUAGCAGCUAGGUGGCUAAUGGCUAGUAGCAGCAGGUAGAUUACCCAGAAGAGGCCGAAUAAUAGAAAUGCGUUAACUCCAAAAGAAGCACAGGGACAACUAUCUGACUUUUAAAGGGCGCAUCGGCAUGAUACAUCUUAUUAAACUGAGCUAACUGACAUGCCACACAAAGUGUACUAACUUUGCUAACGUUAGCUAGCCAAGUUACUAGCCACCUAGAGCUGAUCCUGUUGCUUUUUCAGACUGACUUUCGAAGUAGAAAAAAAAGGGUUAUACGAGAAGCUGUCGAGCUCACUGCAGGUUAGUGCUUCAUUUGAUAAGUUCGUUUAGGUUAGUUAUUGCUAUGGCUCCAAAAAGAAGACCAGUUCCCCUGACCAUUACGCCUAUUGGGGAAGGACAGGCCACCUCCAACACCAUUGAUGCUGCAUCUGAAGCCAACCUUGAAGCCUUACAGAAGAAACUUGGUGAGUUGGACUUGGACGAACAGCAGAGGAAGCGGCUGGAAGCCUUUCUCACCCAGAAAGCCCAGGUUGGGGAGCUGAAGGAUGAAGACUUUGACCCCAUAUGUGAGCUGGGUGCUGGAAACGGAGGAGUGGUCAAUAAGGUCCGCCACAAGCCCUCGGGCUUGGUCAUGGCUCGAAAGUUGAUCCACCUGGAAAUCAAGCCUGCCAUCAGAAACCAGAUUAUCAGAGAGCUGCAGGUGCUGCACGAAUGUAACUCCCCGUACAUUGUGGGUUUCUACGGGGCCUUUUACAGCGAUGGAGAGAUCAGCAUUUGUAUGGAGCAUAUGGAUGGGGGGUCGUUGGACCAGGUUCUUAAAGAAGCCAGAAGAAUCCCAGAAGAAAUCCUGGGAAAAGUUAGCAUAGCUGUGUUGAGGGGAUUAGCCUAUCUGCGGGAGAAGCACCAGAUCAUGCACAGAGACGUCAAACCCUCCAACAUCCUGGUCAACUCUCGUGGGGAGAUCAAGCUGUGUGAUUUCGGUGUGAGCGGCCAGCUCAUAGAUUCCAUGGCCAACUCCUUUGUUGGAACGCGCUCCUACAUGUCGCCGGAGAGACUGCAGGGCACUCACUACUCCGUUCAAUCUGACGUGUGGAGCAUGGGUCUGUCCUUGGUGGAGCUGGCGAUUGGCCGCUACCCCAUCCCCCCACCAGACGCCAAAGAGCUGGAGGCCAUCUUCGGACGGGCUAUAAUGGACGGAGCCGAGGGAGAGCCUCACACUAACCUGCAGAGGCCUAGACCACCUGGCAGGCCUGUGAGCGGACAUGGGAUGGACAGUAGGCCUGCAAUGGCCAUCUUUGAACUUUUGGACUACAUUGUGAAUGAGCCUCCCCCUAAACUGCCGCUUGGGGUUUUCACCAAUGACUUUCAGGACUUUGUGACAAAAUGCUUGAUUAAAAACCCAGCUGAGAGGGCCGAUCUGAAGAUGCUCAUGAGUCACACAUUCAUCAAGCGAUCAGAGGUGGAAGAAGUGGACUUUGCCGGAUGGUUGUGCAAAACCAUGGGCCUCAACCAGCCCAGUACUCCCACCCGUGGCGCUGAGUGAUCCGACCCCGUGCUGCCCUGACGUCUCUGGGUCUCUCUGCAUACACUGUACAUACACAAGCCAUCACUCAUAUUGGCAACUUUCUCAUCUUGCUCUCGGGUAAAACAGUUUUGGCUUUCCCCUUCAUUUAUUUUUCUUCACCAGCAGCAGGGCCCAUUGAGUCAUUGUACUGUAACACCACAGCUUCACCAUGACAGUGUCAAGAGCAGCUCACUUCUCAACACUGCUACAGAGGACGUAAAGCACUGAAGGGCUGCCAGUGUGUCAGCUGAAUUUGCAUUGACAAACUUCUUUUCUAUUGUUGAAUAUUCUGUAUUAAUAUUUUUUUAUGGCGACAGUUAAUGGCUUGUGGGACUGUAUUUUAAUAAGAAACCCACUGUGAAGAUUUGUCGGGCUGAAAAUUACAUGGGAAUCCAAACAUUACCUACUUGCAACCUCUAAAUUGGUUUUAUUAUAGAAGGCAGAUCGAAUUGUUUUGAUUUAAACACAAACGGUUAAAGUCAUUCACUCCAAAAUAUUAUUUGCAGAUAGCUUUUUUUUUUUUUUUUUUACAAUGCAAGACAUUUGUGAGUUAAGAGGCAUUUACGUUUUUUUUUUUUUAAGUCGACCAUCACUCUUAAGGUUAUGUUCUAAACAGUGUGUCAUAAUCCAAAGAUGGGUCUCAUGACUACUGAAGUCACUCAAUGGUUUUUUUUUUUUGGAUGCACAUUUACGAGUAGGAUAUCAGUGUACUUUGAAUGUUAUAAUUUUUCAGUGAUCUACACACUGUGUUGUCAUUGUUUCCUCAACAUUUUGAUUCGCAUCCCUCACUGUAUGUCUCACAUGAGAGGCAUAUACUGUGGAGGCCUGAUACAUGCCAGAAUGCCUCUACUGACACUGAGGAAAAAAAACUAAAAAAACACAAAACAAAACAAAAAAAAAACGAUCAAAUUGUAUUCAUUGGAUGAUAGCAUGGUUUAGUAUUGUUCUAAUAGUGUAUGUGUAUUUUAUUUCCCAAUCCAUGAUGGGGAUGAUUAGCUGGUGUUUUUUAUCAAAAGCCUGAAUCUCUGCAAUGUCGUUAUGAAAUUUCAAUCACGCUGAUUGAGUUGGGGUUUGUUUGUUUGUUUGUUUUUUUUUUUUUUUUCUCUCUUUGUUGUUGGUCCGUACUUUCCCCUGAAGUGUAUUUGGUUAUUUUUACUGCUACAUGUGGCGCUCCAAGCUUUCUCUGGACAAAAUCAGCCUAGAGCCUUGCAUUUGAAAAAGACUGAAGAUAUGAUUUAACCCAGUUAAUUUUGUUAACAACCCAAUUUCAAGUGGCACUUCAGACCUCUCAUGUAGUGGAAAGGGUCAUUUUAACCCAGGUCAGUGUUGUUCACAUGGUGGUGGUGUUACUUGCUAGCCUGCCGUCUUGCUAGAGCACUUGUAUUCUCUCUACUUAUGGCUGCCCUUUCUUAAUCCCCCACCCCAAAAAUGUGCAUUCGUUAAGAGCAAAAUGGAUGCAUUGUCACUUGUAUGUGUACAAAGCUAUAUACAAAAAUUACAGGAGUACUAUUUUCCAGUCUUAAUAUACAAAUUUUUGAUUUAUGUAAAUGGCAAGGAAAAGAGUCAUUUUAUUAUAAUAUAAAAAAAAUGUGUUGGAUAUGGUUAUAAUGUAUAAAAAGAUUAAAAUAAAAUUAUUUGUGAAUGUA